AUGCCUAAGUUUGUUGUUAACAUAAAUAUAAGCAAGGAUAAAGUUCCAGAGUCUUUCACAGGGGAGCUCACCCAGCAGUUAUCAAAAGCAAUGGGCAAACCAGCACAGUAUCUAGCAAUACAGAUCUCUCCAGAUCAGGUGAUGUCCUUUGGUGGCUCCACAGACCCGUGUGCUAUGUGCUUUCUCUACAGCAUUGGCAAGAUAGGCGAGCAGGAGAACAAGGUCUACUAAUUGAACAAACAACUGAAAAUACCCUCUGACAGAAUCUAUGUCAGCUUCUUUGACACCAGUGCUGGCAAUGUAGGCUGGAACAACACCACCUUUGCUUGA